AUGGUGUAUAACUUUACUUUAACUUCAGCUAUCACACGACCGCACACGAUACCGAAAACAACGAAAUUUAUGAAAAGACGUAACAUGGAUUCAAUUUUAUUUAAAGCAGCGCCACAAAUUGAACUACCUGCUAUAGAUAGACGAAAAAUAUCACCUGACGAAAUUUGGAACUGGGACUAUUGGUGUAAAUUGCAAUUUAAAACAGGAAAAUGUUUCAAUUUUACAACAAGAUAUUAUUACGACAUCCAAAUAGACCAGUGCGUUAACUUUACGUACAGCGGAUGUGACGGCAACAAAAAUAACUUUAAUUCCGCGGAAAUAUGCGAACAACAUUGUCAUGGAACUACAUAUUUAUCAAUAAAGGAAGAAACUCCAAAUUAUUGUGCUUUGCAACAGGACGCCGGUAUCUGUUUGGCUUUGGUUAGAAUGUACUACUACGAUAUAAACAAAGACGAUUGUAGGAUAUUCCAUUACGGAGGCUGUGGAGGAAAUCGUAACAGAUUUAAUACUAAAUUAAACUGUUUGAAUGAUUGCAAAGAACUUAAAUGA